AUGCUUUGGCAAUCAGAAACAGAGAUCAAGCAGAGCAGAGGUAACAAAAAAAAAAAAUUGUAUUAUUUUCCUCACAACUCAUACUCAUAUUUUUUUUUUAGCAUCAUCAUUCGUAUGCAAACAGCUGAGGCUGAACAUAAAAAGACCGUCGAAAAGGAUGAGAAAUUGCAGGCUGAUAUCAAAUCUUUAAAUGGACGUCUAGAGCAAUCAGAGGCUGAAAUCGAGCGACUUUUAUCUAAAAUAAAGACAUUGGAAGCACAGGUAGAAGCGGAUGCGAUUAAAAAAAAGCAACUCGAGGACCGUGUAGCAACGCUAGUACAGGAAAUAAAGGAGCUAAACGAAAAAGAAAUCAAGGACCAAGAAGGAUUAAAAACUCAAUAUCAACGUUUAAUGAGAGAAAGAGUGAACGAAGAAAAGAAACAGUUUGAACUUCGACUAAAGGCGGAAAGAGCAAACCAUAUCUCCUCCAAUCAGGAACAACAACAACAAGACACUAUGGUUAUCAACACGACAAAUACUCGACAAUUAGAAAACCAAUUAAAUUUCUAUCAAACACAACUACAAAGCUCAGCACAGUCCAGGGAUGAGUUAUCCGAAGAGGUCUUAAGUAUGUCCCAAGAAAUUGAAACUUUACGUAAAGAAACUAAAAGGACACAUGAGGUCGAAAAGCAACUUGAACAAUUAAAUCAAAGGUACCACACAUUACUCGAGUUACUAGGUGAACGUACAGAAGAAGUGGAAGAACUGAAAGCUGAUCUGAUUGAUGUCAAGGAAAUGUAUAAAACACAAAUUCUGGAUCUUGUCCAAAAAAUAGAUCAAUUAAGUAAAAAAUAA